GCGUGCUUGAGGGUAGCCACUAAAGUCACUAAAGUGCUAAGUCUCCCAGCGACUCGGUCCGGUGCGUGCUCCCGCAGUCUCGGGGGGUGUAGUAACAUCAGCUCGGGGUGGGGGGAAAGGAGGACCAGCAUAUCACCAAAAAUACCAUGGCAGAAGAAGCGAUCGUUGAUACGGAGGAGCUGAGGGAGCAGGACCGGUUCUUGCCGAUCGCCAACAUCUCCCGCAUCAUGAAGAAGUCGCUCCCCGACAACGCCAAAAUCGCCAAGGAUGCCAAGGAGACUGUGCAGGAGUGCGUGUCGGAGUUCAUCUGCUUCAUCACCUCCGAGGCUAGCGACAAGUGCAAGCAGGAGAAGCGCAAGACCAUCAACGGCGAGGACCUGCUAUGGGCCAUGAGCACGCUUGGCUUCGACAAGUACGUCGACCCGCUCAAGAUCUACCUCUCCAAAUACCGCGAGUCCGUGAAGUUGGAGAAGCCGGACCGGAAAGGCAAGAGGGACGACGCGAGUGAAGCCAUGGCAACCGGCGGGGGUUACUACGGGGCGCAAGGCGGGGCGGGCGGCGCGGCAGGAGGCGGGGGCGCGGGGGCCGCGGGAGCGGCAGGGUUCUAGUGGGAAACCAACCUGCUGGCCGCGUUUUUCAGUAUUUUUUUGGGUAGCGAGAGCGGAGAUGUUGUCAUUUUGAGGCAGAGAGAGAAUGGGGCGUUGUGUCCAGUCGAUCGAUAUCGCCUGCUUGGAAAGGGGUUUGCGAUGCAGAGGGAGUGAUCUGAUGUUUCCCGAGGUGUUAUUUGGUCGGAAGAAAAGUGUAGAUAUGCUGACUUCUGGUUUGGUUGAAACAAGCGCGUUGCAGCCGCUGCUGCUUGCAGUGUGUGAUUCCAGCAAGCUGUUGAGAUCCCCAGCGGUAGCGGGGGGACAAGGCGUCCUCGCCGUAGCGUGUGGAACAAAGACGUCCUCGCCGUAGCGUGUUGUUUCAUUCUAUGAUAUAAUAUUCCUAGCGAUACGAGUGCUAGCACUCUGUGCAAGAUUUCGAGGUUUGAGCAAAGCCAUGUUCGGUUUGAACGUGUUUGCCACCAUUAGUUGACAUGGCUGGCUGGUCUGCCAUAGAUACUGCUCCCGCGCCGUACGCAGGUGAAGAGUGUAUACGUGCCACGGUGAAGAUUGCAUAUGUGCCACAGAAAGAGAAAGCCGUUGCGACAGUAGACGUUGCAAGGUUAAGGGCCGAGGGCGGAACGCUCUGGUUCGUGGCGAUUGGUCGCGCUCGAGAUAGGUGUAGCUAUGGUCUGCUUUUGCGGCUUUGUCUCGCCGGAGAAACGAUAUCGGGGCAAGAGGAACAAAAAUAUGGCAGUUUGGGGCGACCAGCCAAGAAGAUGUGUACACAGAAAUUAAUCAAAAGUUCAGAGGUGUCCACUUUUGGAGUGUGAUAGCGUUUGGCGACGUGUUGUACGUUCGUUAGCCGUGACGUGGACAACAAGGCGGCGGAGUCCUUUUCCCUUUUUUGAACGUUGGCCGUCCUGACUGCUCUUCACAUAGCCGUGUGUGGCCUCCCACCAUGUGCCUCUUGCAUGCGGUUGGUUGUGGGUGAAGUGGAAAUUUAAAUUUCGCCGGUCGGGCUCGUGUAACUUUGAGUUCGAAGUCUGGAGCUUGCUGUAUAACUUGCUGCGGGUGAUUCGCGAUGAUGAUGGCUGUAUAACUAGCUGCGGGUGAUCCGCGAUGAUGGUCCAAGGCGUAGGUGAAACCGUAGAGUGCUAUAGCUGUGCGGGUUAGCUGUGUCUGGCAGACUUUGUAUCGCCCCGUCCUGUGAAAAGAGGGAAUCGUCCUCGACAGACGUUGGGGAGAUUGUACCUUAAUGCAGGUCGUCUCCACAGCAGUCCGGUGAGACAGAAGGACAACACCGGCGGCCAUUUGAGCGUUGUCCGUACUCUUCUCGUUUUGGGUGGCCGAAGCUUACUGCCGCCGUCUGUUUCGCAGUCAGUCUUGGCAGCCCAUGCGUACACCAACGAGAACCGUUGUCAGCUGUUGACGUACUUUCGGUGUCACGUGUCGAUGCUUGACAUUCCCAUGCCAGGAGGAGGAUUGGUUUUCGAGGCUCACGAGACCACACUUAACAUUUCGUUGUCAAUUUUCACAACAUGCUCGCGACGGUCGGGGUCGCGUGUAUUGUGUGUUUUGGCGCCUUUUCGCUCGCUAUUCUUUCUGUCACAUCAGUGGCAAAAGAAAGGACCCGAAUAAGAAGGGAGGAAAUACUGCGACGAAAGUUCCCGAGGCAGCAUACAUGUACGUUAUUACAUCAUAGGCGAUGAUGACACGAUAUAAUAGGCCCACUUGGUGAGCAGCACGAGGACGUAGAUUACAUGGUGACGAUUAUUACGGGCGGGUUCGAAAUUCCCCGGUGUUGUGAGGUCGCAACGGCUUUGGUGGGAAAAAUCACGUAAAUAUAAGGAAACCGACGCACCACACGUGUGCGGUUGGCAUAAAAAUGCGCAUGUUCCUCUUCGCCCGCGCGCAUGUCUUCAUGUGUGCCUGCCGCACAACCCCCCCCCCGCACACACACAGGCGCGGAGAUUUUUUUUAGUCCAGGUGUGGGUUUUAUCUAGCAGCGGCAUUGAGCGAGAGGAAAAGCACGUGACGAGGGCAGCAAGCCAGCUCGACGGGACCAGGGUUAUGGCGGAGCACGCAGGGGGAGGAGAUGAUGACGUCGAGGAGCUCAGGGAGCAGGACCGCUUUCUGCCAAUCGCGAACAUCAGUCGCCUCGUGAAGAAACGUCUGCCGCACAACGCCAAGGUGGCCAAAGACGCGAAAGAAACCACGCAGGUGAGAAAGUGCCGAGAUAUGUAGUCAAGCGUAUGCUCGACAACCGGGGGCAAUGAGGAGUGCGUGUCGGAGUUCAUCUGCUGGAUCACCGCCGACGCCAGCGACAAGUGCCAGGACGAAAAGCGCAAGACAAUCAGCGGCGAAGACAUCAUCACGUCCAUGAACACGCUGGGUUUUGACGACUACAUCGAACCGCUCAAGGUCUACCUCGCCAAAUACCGAGCCGCCGUCAAGGGAGACAGAAACGCCAGCAACGUGAUGGACACAGGAGGAGGAGGAGCAGCAGCAGCAGCAGCAGGGGGGAGGGGGGGGUAUCAAGAUGUCAACGUACCACCAACCGGGUCCAUGCCACCGUCUUAUCGAGGUGGCGCCAGCGGAGGCGGCGGCGGUGGUGGUGGGGGUUGGUCGGGAGGUGGUGCGGCGGGGGGAUACGACAUGGAUGAGGAGUUCUGAUGGUUGCAAGUCUCGUGGUGUGUGUGGUGGUGAAGUGCGGAUGUGUUUUUUUUGUUUUUUUUUGGGGCAGCAUCGACCGUGCUCUCAGGGUUAGAUGGCAUACAUAAACUGUAUCGAGCUGAUGGAUGAAACGAAGACGCUAUAGCCAGAACACAGGAAGAACGCGAAGGCGCUCUCCGUGUGGUGGUGAUCUCGCUCCUCGAUAAGGUGUGCCUGUGGCGUCUACUGUGUGCAGUUAUAUUUCGUUGUGAACGCCGCACAUCGCGGAGUAGGCGAUCAACCACCAGUCAAUCAUCAAUCGAUGUUGCUUGAGCUGAUGGUUGGAGAAGAGUCUCAGGUCGGCCUCCAGAACUCUGUGCACGAAACAAACAGUGGUUACGCAGCGUUAGGCGAACCGAGGUGUUUGGGGACGAAAGCGUACGGGCCGGUUCAGGCAACAACAAAGCUUACAGUAGUCUAUCAACAGACCGUUGUACGCAAUCGUUCGUCUCUACCGGCCAUUUGAUAAGAGCCGACCGGUGCCAGGCGCAGGCUGAUAUUGUCCCCUCUAGCUUCUAGUAUAAAAACAGGUGGGGGGGAGGCUCCAACUUCCCUUGUAACAUGGAGCAGCGGGAAGCUGCUGAACACGUUCGUGUGUCGCCUGGUUACGUACGCGUGGAGUGUUUUUUCUUUAUGCCGUUCCAUUGGACCAUGAUGGAGUCAAGCCUGGAUUUCACAAGUUGUUGCUGGUGCAGCGGCACAGAACAAGCGGUACGAUCGUGCCGUUUGUAUGUCCAUGAUUUACCAGUAACACUGACUGGCUGUUGAUGUGUCUGUUGUACGACGUCUGCAUUUUUGUGCUCGUUCGGUCUGGUUCUUUCUGUGUUGUAAUGUUUCGUACGAAGUAGACCAUGAUUUUCAAACAACUGUCAGCGUUUUCAGCCGAAGAGACAGACCGUUUCGCUAGAUAGUGUCGAGCGUUUGUUAUUAUGUCGAUAACGUUGUUGGGCAUAUAUGAGUCUGAGAUUAUUGUUGGACACAAAGUUGUUGCUGUCCUGCUUCAAGCGCAUACCCAUCACUUUCUUGUCCUCAUCACGUUCUAAGCAAGCCUGGUCCUGAGGUCAGCCAGAGCAACGACAUAUUUUCUACCUGUGAAGUACUGUAGACUAUGCAUUUCUUGUGCGGAAGCACACCGAGCUGCAUCCCACGCUGUCUAGCGUUCCUCUUGGCCACAGCCACAUUGGCGC